AUGGAAACAGUGCCUACAGACUUUGGCAAGAGAGUCUACCAGGGAGUGAGAGUGAAGCACACAGUCAAGGACCUGCUUGCUGAGAAACGAUCCAGGCAGAGCAGCGGCUCCCGCUUCAGCGUGCUGCUGCUUUGGUUUCCCUUUAGCCAACCCUCUUCUCUGCCCACCACAGGCUCACCUCCCACAGCUGGUUACUACAGCAUCAGGAGACCCUUCCCAGCUGAGUUGGAUUUCUCCAACACGAAGCAGUUUGUCAGCGAUGUCUGCUCGUCCCCUCUAGGGUCCAAGACCUUCUCGUGUGACUCCUCAGCCACUCAGGGCUACUCAGCACUUCUGGACCCUUAUCUCACCGACCACUAUGCAGCUCCCCUCUCAGCUGGUACCAGCUCCUUCUUCAGCCCUUCUUCUGUGCCCCCUCUCCUGCCAUCCUUCCCCAAUGACACAGCGCACUUCCUACUCAGAGAACCCUGGGAGCAGACCUCAGCAGACAGCCUCAGCCAGUCAGACAGUGCCUGCCCAGAUCCCCUGCAAGCAUUGCCUGCCAGUGCCAGCUGCCUUUCCUCGCACGACUCUGGAGGUGUUGCCCCAUACCGAAGCUCAGGUUGGAGCCAAACCAUUCCUGGAGCCCAGCCUUACCCUCUGCACCCUCUUGAAGAUGCCCACUACUCUCCCAGCUAUGCUGCCACCUCCCCCUACUCCUUCCCACCGUUCAUGACUGUAGCAAAUGAGCUUACCUCCAGGCUGAGCCACCUCUCACCAGAGCAGUCCUUGGAGACACCACCCCUUCAUGAUAGCUCUGCCUGGGCCAAAGAGGAUGGAAGUCCCAUCUGGGGGACUUAUGAAGGGAGGAGAACUUAUUGAUGAGAGAGAAUAGCUGGAGGAAAGGGUGGGGAAAAAAUGGUCAUAAUUGAAGCAAAUGAAUUACUUGUGUGCUUUUCCCUGAAGCUGCUCCAUCAAGCAGGGGAUGCUAACAACCUGUGAUGCUUUGUGCUCUGUUUAGAAAUACAAUCACUUGGAUGUAGCACAUUUAGCUUCCAGUGGUGCCUUCUAGUGCUUUAGGGCAGUCAUUGCUCACAGUCCCACUGUGCUACCAAGUUAAACAUCCAGCCUGGAGAGCACUGUAGGCCUGCCCUACAA